GGGAGACCGACCAUUUGAAGGUCAGACAGAAUGCUGACCCUUGAGAGAUAAUGCAAAUAUCCUCAGUCAGACGCAUCCAAUCGCUCCAUUGUCCGGUAACCAUGGGCUUGCGCUUCUGAUGUCUAGACUGCGACUGGAUCUUGGCUCUCUCCAAGUCAAGACUGCAAAUCAAUGACGAAGGAGUAAAUCAGCAUAUGAGACCGAGGCCUGUCAAGAAGAAUCGGAACACUUCCUGGUGUCAGAUACGAGGCACACUUGUUCUGGCUAUAUCCGUCAGCGGUUUCUCUCUGCCCGGGCGGCUGUCUGCCCUAGCUAGACGUCUCCUUUGUGGGGUAUUCUUGAGCCCUGUAUGCCUCUGCAUUUCAGUUCCCCAACAACCCUCGCCUGUGCCAGAUUCGGACCAUGAUCUUGUCUCAGUUUUGUCGAAUGCAGCCAAAGAUCCCAUGGUGAAUAAGAAGGUAUCGUCUGUGGCUGCGGGUAUUAUAUCAGGUCUUGCAACAAACGAGAAAUUGCAACAACCUGGGGAUGAGCAGGUGCAAUUGGCACUGAAAAGGAUCGAGGCAUUAUUCACCAAGAAGAGUAGCUCGACAAUGCUGGAUUUUGCAAACGACAUAGCAGCCUCAGGCCUAGUUACCCCCAAGAUCCUCACCGUCUUGAAUGGUUAUCCGAACGCCAAAAUUAACUCGGCUCAUAACCUAAACCCCGACCUCAAAAGCGGAAGUAUAUACCCGUCUAAAGCGACCGAGGAUGCACCGUAUUCCAUCCCAGAAGCAGCUCUUAGAGAGGCUAUCUAUAUGCCAUCUUUCUCCCAAGGGGAGAACAGCAGUGGAAGGAAACCAGUGAUCUUGGUUCCAGGAACGGCCGCACCUGCUGGAACAUCGUUUUAUUAUAAUUUCGGAAAGUUGGGCAACGCUAUCCCGGAAGUUGACUUGGCUUGGGUCAAUAUACCCCAAGCCUCUCUGGGAGACGUCCAGGUUACCGCUGAAUACAUCGCAUAUUCCAUUAACUACAUAUCCAGUCUCUACCAGUCCAAGGUUAACAUCAUCUCUUGGUCCCAGGGCGGGUUGAACACACAGUGGGCCCUCAAAUAUUGGCCAUCCACGCGGGGCUCAGUGGAGGAUUUCAUUGCAAUAAGCCCUGAUUUCCGAGGGACUGUUGAGGCCAGGCUGGUGUGCCCCUGGCUAGCGGGGAUAAUGUGCACCCCCGCACUGUGGCAGCAGGGGUGGGACGCUAAGUUCGUUCGCACCCUGAGGGCACUCGGGGGUGAGUCGGCGUAUGUUCACACGACGACCAUCUACUCUUCCUUUGACGAGGUUGUGCAGCCGAUGGAUGGAGACCAAGCAUCUGCGAUCCUCCAGGAUGCACGUGGAGUUGGCGUGUCCAAUAAUCACUUACAGUCUAUUUGCGCCCACAAGCCCGCAGGAGGAUUGUACACGCAUAAAGGAGUGCUAUACAACCCACUUGCUUGGGCGCUUAUCAUCGAUGCGCUAACUCAUGAUGGGCCCGGUAACCCUUCGCGAGUCAACGUCACCACGGUGUGUCAGCAAUCAAUUCCUCCACAGCUCGGUCUGGACGACUUGCUAGGCACAGAAGGACUUGUACUAGUAGCUCUGUCGGAAACCCUGAGGUAUAGACCGAAGACAUUCGCGGAACCCGAAAUCAUAGGCUAUGCCGCUUCAGCGCCCGGAGUAGGGGUGAAAUACCGAACUUGAAGGAUGAGAGAAGUAGUAGGCAGAUAGGUGGUCACUGCACCCCAUACGUACACAUCUGUAUUUAGGUUUAUACUUGGCUACAGCCAAGCACUCUCUGCGCAGGCCAACGAUCACUUCCCAGAAGGGGAUCCCUGUGGCUCGAGAUGAGCUUGACCUUAUAGGCUAAUGCAUUCGUUUCACGG